CAGUGCUUUGCUUUCACUCGGCCUUGUUUUGGAAGCGUAAACACACCGCUGAGCAAGAAGAAGAAGGAGCCAGAAAACGCCGCUUUCUCACACUAACCACGAACCAUGGCAGACACAUAACCUACGGUAUUUGGAGCCAAUAGGUUCGGGACAAAAAAAAAUCCUUCUCGCUUGUGUUGAAACGCUGCCGUGAGGAAUAAACGACAUUGGUUCUGUCCUUUUGGGUUUUUUGGCAAGAAGAGUUAGCGACGCGGUUGCUAACCUGACUACAAAUCUGCAUUAACGUUAACUAACAACUGAACCCUGCUUCACAGGCCCUGAAGGACAAAAUGUGCCCCAAGAUAAAGUAGUUUCUUAUCUGUGGUUCAGGGUUCUAAUAGUCCAGUAGCCUCUGACAGUCCUCCUGUGUAUCAGGAUGGUGUGUGCAGGUCUCUCAUGUUUGGGGACUCCACUGGGGGUUGUGAUAUUUACCCUCUGCUGCAUCCUGGCACCAUCUCCUGGACAGGCCUUCAUCUUCGCUCACUAUGGUAACAUGACCUCGAUGCUGCUGGAGGAUCUGCCUGCUCUCUUCGGCUCUCCGCUGCCCAAGGAUGGAGUGAUGGGUUUGUUGGUUGAGUCACAUCCACUGAAUGCCUGCGCUCCUAUACGUCCUCCUCCAGUGUCUCCAACUCCCUCUGUUCCAAACGGCACCGCUAAAUAUGUUGUCCUGAUCCGUCGCUAUGACUGCAACUUUGACAUCAAAGUGCUGCACGCUCAGCAGGCCGGUUACAGUGCAGCCAUUAUCCACAACAUGUAUUCCAACACACUGCUGAACAUGAACUACAGCAAUGAGACCAUCGCAGAUAUGAUUGAGAUCCCCUCUGUGUUCACCAGCUAUUAUGCCUCCCAGAUCCUCCGCAGCUUCAUCUUACCAGAGAAGGGGGCCUACGUCAUCCUGAAACCGGAUUUCUCCUUCCCACUCACCUACUAUCUCAUCCCCUUCACUGGUGUUGUGGGCCUCAUCUUCAUUGUCAUGGUUAUCAUACUGGUUGUGCGCUGUGUACAGUACAGGAAGAGGCUGAGAAAGAACAGACUGACAAAAGAGCAGCUGAGAAAGAUCCCCAUCCACAAGUUCACUAAAGGUGAUGAAUAUGACGUGUGCGCUAUUUGUCUGGAUGAAUAUGAGGAGGGGGAUAAGCUGCGAGUUCUGCCAUGUUCACAUGCCUAUCACUGCAAGUGUGUGGACCCCUGGCUCACGCAGACCAAGAAAACGUGUCCUGUCUGUAAGCAGCGCGUGACCCGCUCAAACCCAGAAUAUUCAGAGUCCUCCGACUCGGACGAAGAGGCUGCAUCCCACAGGGGGGAUGAUGACGGAGGCGUAGCUUCAGGGGGUGGGGAGUCAGAGCGCACUCCUUUGCUCCGUGCCUCCAACCCCUCAUCACCGUCCUCCGAGAGCCCCCCAGCCACCACCUAUGACUCCACCGUCAACACAGUACCAGCUGUCACCACGGUAACAACCUCUGCACAGUGCCUAACACGGGAUUCACCCUUGCUGGGAUACGAAGGGUAUUACUCUCCCAUUGAAGGUUCAGAAGAAGACACAGAGGAGGAGGAGGAUGAAGAAAAUGUUCACCCCUCUGAUGAUGAUACGGCACAGCUUAUUGGCCGUGGAGCCGUUGGGGUGUGAGAGCAGCUGCCCUGUAGAAAGAGAGAUUAAAAAAAACAAGCAGAUUGUUCUUUUGGUCAUUUUUUUUUUUUGUAAAACGGUCAAUGUUCUUAUUUUCUGGGGACCGUUUUGCUGUAAAGAAAAGCCACAGCAAAGUUACAAUAACGUGGAGGGUGGAUGCACUUUGGUGGCCCCAGUUUUCUACACACAACUGUAGUCACGCUGACCUGUAGAAUAUAAAAUAAACCGCCGCCCCCUUGAGGUAAAAGAUGCCUGACUGGCGCAGGCUGCCGCGAAUUGAGAAGGCUGUGAUUAAUGGAAAAUAACAGCCGUAGUUUUAUUUUUUUUUUCUGUUACCGGCAUGGUUUUUGUUUAGAGGCUCUUGUUUAGAGAGCAAUGCCUGUGUUUGUAGGGAGAAAGAAACGCGCUACAGCACAGCGCUGCAGUGCAAUACAGACCUGAUGCCAGUUUGUAUAUGAAUUUCUGUUUGUUUUUACGCGAGGUGUGCAAUGAUGAAGUAAAUAUACAGAUUAGAUAUGUAAGUCUGCCGAGGAUCACUCUUGUCUCUUUUUAGCUAACUUGUUCUUUCCUUAAAGGAGAAUUCCACCGAUUUCUCUAAAUUUCUGAGAAAUUUAGAGCUGUUUAACCUGUUAUAGGAGCCAGGGGUCGCCGUCACUACAAUACAAAUAUAGACCUUUGUAAUUACUAUUGAAAACAAAAACAUUUAGAGUUGGACAUCUGGUACCUAUCACCACCACUGUGAACAAUUUCUAAAUAAUGGAUCAUUUCACACCAAACCACUCUGAAUAACAUUGUUUAAACCUUUUAAUUUAUGCAGAAAUUUUGAAACAUUGGUGGAAUUCCCCUUUAUUACAUCCUAAUUCUGGAUUAGAGAUUUAGACAAGCUCAUAGGGACACGUAGUCACUGAAGGUUAAUAAGUGUGAGACUACAUGCUUUUUUUUUUCCUUUCGUGGUUUUGUAAAUGAAUGUAUACAAACCCUGUGUUUAUUCUCCUGCUCCAAGCUUUUUACUGUCUUAUAAUAAUAUUAAAGCUUUUACUCUCCUUUGAACAAGGAAUAAGAUCUCAUGAAGACUCUUAAAAAAGAAAAGGUGCCAAAAAUGGUUCUUUUUAAGACAGAAGAACUACUUUUGUUUGCGUAAAGAAGUUUAGAGCAGAUGAUUUCUUUAACGUGAUCGUGCCCACAUCUGAAAUUCUAAUAUAACUUUUUGAGCUCCGAUGACAAAAAAAAGUUCUCAUUAAUUAAAUUAUGUGGCCGGAAUGUGAGUUUAUAUCACUUUGUCAUAUUUUGGUUACAUAAAAGCACGAUUUUGUAAAUCCAAAUUUGAGUGUGAAUAAAAAUAUGAAAAUUACAUGUAAAUGUAAUUAUUUAAUUACAUUAAAAAAUUCAAAUGUGUACUGCUAGACAUCUGCUUAAAGUAGAACUGCACAAGAUUUCGUCAUUUCCGACUCCUGAAAACGUUCUAAUGUGGCAUUUUUCAUCAGAUUUAACUGUUGGGCAUGAAUUGGUCAAGCAGUCAUUUCUGUAAAUUAUUUGAAAGUUAGAGAACCUGCACAUAAUGAACAAGUUCUACACUAAUUUGUUUUUCCUAUAAACGUAUGUCCCAGCCGAGAACCGUUUAGGAACCUUUAUUUUUAAGAGUGAACUUCAGUGAAUGAAUUUGUGCCUGAUGUGGAAAAUUAUCCUCUGGUCUCCCUUUAAACCGUGUGGUUUUGGUACUUGAACAUGUACAUACAUACAGCUUUAUUAAAACAGUGUCUGUGAUGUAAUUCCAUGUAAAGCUACGCACCUGUAUGUUUAUAUCUUUAUAGGAAUCAGAGCUAAGAGGACAAAUGACAGGUGAAGGUCAUUUUUUUCUGUCUUUAAUGUAAGUCUAAAGCACAUUUGGGUAACACUAUAAUUGAAGGUUUACAGUCACGGCACCUGACCACAGAACUGGGACCAAUGAUUUUCACUUUUUUGUUUUUGCAUUUUUUCAGUUUUCUAAUAUGUUAGACCUGUGUCUGUGUAAUCUCAUUCCUAAUGUGCUACACUGAAGAUUUCUCUAGAGUUGUACCAUCUCCGCAUUCGUGCCAUAAAGAGAAUUUUACCUAC